UCCCAGAGGAAACAGUGUCUCAGACCUGGAGGACAGGUAGGACUUGGCCACAUGAAAGGGUUGGGAAGGUGUCAUAGGCAGCGGUGCCGCCUCACCAAGGACCUGGACGCAAAGCGGGAACACCGCUGAAUGAGGGCUCAGGCACGGCAGGUUGAGAGAGGUGGCAGGAGUCUGCAGGACUUGUGGGCAGGACAGGGAGUUUAGACUUUGUCCUGACAUAGCCUCUCUGGUGCCCAGGGAAUUGGCUGGUCUAGAGAUUUGUUAGAUGCCAUAAAUAGGCGUGUUCUGUCUUGGUUGGGGAUGCAUGAGCUCUGACUCUCCGACUCCUAGCGCUGAGUUUGUGGGGCUGGGAGUGGCCCAGGUUGUGAGAGCAGGAGCUCUUUAGCAAGAAGGGUCUUUAGCUGAGUCCCUGAAGCUGCUAGGACCAAGUGAAGCACCUCCUUCCUGGCCUCGUAACCUUGACUCACAACGGUCUUGUCUCUCAGAUGGCCGCACUCAGUGUCUUGAGCUUGUGGGUGGCCCUGGUUUCCUGGUGGUCAUGGCCUGGCCCCACUACGCUGUGGUGAGGGCUCAUUGGACUCUCCAGCCGGUGUUGGGCAUGUGGCGGGGCUGUUGAGGGCACUUGGGGAGCUGCAUGUGUUCUAGUUUGCCCUCCCUGGAAGGCAUGGUGUCACCAUCAGCAUAGAGCGCCCAAAGACCUUUCCGGCACCUUCCCUCAUGUGUCUGCAAAACACAUAUGCGGGUUCAGCACUGUUUUCUUUUCUUGCACGUUGCUUUCUUCUGUAGAGACAAAGUGUUUUCCACCACAGAUCCUCCUGAAAGCCUCAUAGGUCCCUGGUCACUGAUAACAGACUUUUGCCUUGUCUUCAGCCCAGGGGCAUCUCUGGGUCUGGUCAGGGAUUGGUUACUGCAGUGAGGUGCCUGGAGGAAGAGAGAGUGAAUAGAGCUGGGACAGACAAUCAAACAGACUGAUAAGUGGGUUGCACUGUCUGGGGCCCCUUGGUGACUGUGGGUUUCCUUUUGCAGUGUUCCUGCAUCCGCUGUUAGAGACCCUGCAGCUGGUGCCGUGGGUGAGCUGCCUGCAGAAGUUCCUCAUUACACCCUCUUCCCUGUACCCUCAGGGAGUUGGCCCACAGGCUCCAGGGCCCUGUGGAACAUCAUGAACUGGGCAGAGUAGCCGAGCCCAAGAACCUCUCCACGACAAGCAAGGAAGAGCCGACAGUUCUUUCUGCCUGUGCCUGACCUCACCUCCUUCCUGCUCUGCCCCCACUGGCUCCUGGACAAGAGCUGGGCUUCCAGCAGGACCUUCCCACAGGGGAUGGGCAACUGGUGAAGUCGGGCUCACUGCCAGGGCCCAGUUGGCCACACCAUGAACCUCCAGGCCCAGCCCAAGGCUCAGAACAGGCGGAAGCGUUGCCUCUUUGGGGACCAGGAACCAGCUCCCAAGGAGCAGCCCCCACCCCUGCAGGCCCCACCGCAGCCCCCAGCCCCUCCACAGUCCACCAGAGUGAAGGAGGAGCCUUACUUUGGGCACGAGGGUCCGGCAGGGGCCGCCCCGGUCUCCCAGCCUGUGGAGCUGCCCCCUCCCAACAGCCUGGCCCUGCUGAACUCCGUGGUGUACGGUUCCGAGCGGACCACGGCAGCCAUGUUGUCCCAGCAGGUGGGCUCCGUCAAGUGGCCCAACUCGGCGGCGGCUCCCGGGCGGGGCCCCGAGCGCGGAGGCGGUGGGGGUGUGAGCGACAGCGGCUGGCAGCAGCAGCCGGGCCAGCCUCCACCGCACACGACGUGGAGCCGCCACAGCCUGCCCCUCUACAGUGGACCCAAGGGGAGCCCGCAUCCCGGCGUGGGGGUCUCGACCUACUACAACCACCCCGAGGCGCUGAAGCGGGAGAAAGGAGGGGGGCCGCAGCUGGACCGCUACGGAACUGCGGUGCGGCCGGUGAUGCCGCAGAAGGUGCCGCUGGACGUCGGGCGGCCCCAGACGCCCCUGAACUCUUUCCAUGUGGCCAAGAAGCCCCCAAACCAGACACUGCCCCUGCAACCCUUCCAGCUGGCGUUUGGCCACCAGGUGAACCGGCAGGUCUUCCGGCAGGGCCCACCGCCCCCCAACCCGGUUGCGGCUUUCCCACCGCAGAAGCCGCCGCCGCCGCCGCAGCCCGCCCUCCCCCAGAUGCCGCUCUUUGAGAACUUCUAUCCCAUGCAGCAGCCCCCCUCUCAGCAGCCCCAGGACUUCGGCCUGCAGCCGGCCGGGCCGCUGGGGCAGUCCCACCUGGCUCACCACAGCAUGGCGCCAUACGCCUUCCCCCCCAACCCUGACAUGAACCCAGAACUGCGCAAGGCCCUCCUGCAGGAGUCGGCCCCACAGCCUGUGCUACCUCAGUCCCAGAUCGCCUUCCCCCGCCGCUCCCGCCGGCUCUCCAAGGAGGGUGUCCUGCCUUCUGCCCCCCUCGAUGUGGCUGGCACCCAGCCCGGACAGGAGCCCACCAGCAACCUGUUCCUGCAUCACUGGCCCCCACAGCAGCCGCCGCCCGGCCCCCUGGGGCAGCCCCAUCCUGAAGCUCUGGGAUUCCCGCUGGAGCUGAGGGAGCCGCAGUUGCUGUCUGACGGGGAGAGGCUGGCACCCAACGGUCGGGAGCGGGAGGCUCCCACGAUGGGCAGCGAGGAGAGCGCGAGGGCCGUGGGCACAGGGGACUGUGGGCAGGUGCUACGGGGUGGGGUGAUCCAGAGCACUCGACGGAGGCGCCGGGUGUCCCAGGAGGCCAAUUUGCUGACCCUGGCCCAGAAGGCAGUGGAGCUGGCCUCACUGCAGAACGCAAAGGAUGCCAAUGGCUCCGAGGAGAAGCGGAAAAGUGUGUUGGCUUCAACUACCAAGUGUGGGGUGGAGUUUUCUGAGCCUUCCUUAGCUGCCAAGCGAGCACGAGAGGACAGCGGGAUGGUACCCCUCAUCAUCCCAGUGUCUGUGCCUGUGCGGACUGUGGACCCAACUGAGGCGGCCCAAGUUGGAGGUGUUGACGAGGACGGGAAGGGUCCUGAACAGAACCCCACUGAACACAAGCCAUCUGUCAUCGUCACCCGCAGGCGGUCCACACGUAUCCCUGGGACUGAUGCCCCAGCCCAGGCUGAGGACAUGAAUGUCAAGUUGGAAGGGGAAGCUUCAGCGCGGAAACCAAAGCAGCGGCCACGGCCUGAGCCCCUGAUCAUCCCCACCAAGGCGGGCACUUUCAUUGCCCCUCCCGUCUACUCCAACAUCACCCCAUAUCAGAGCCACCUGCGCUCUCCUGUCCGCCUAGCCGACCACCCCUCAGAGCGGAGCUUUGAGCUGCCGCCCUACACCCCUCCCCCCAUCCUUAGCCCUGUGCGGGAAGGCUCCGGCCUCUAUUUCAAUGCCAUCAUGUCAACCAGCAGCAUCCCAGCACCCCCUCCCAUCACGCCAAAGAGUGCCCAUCGCACCCUGCUCCGGUCUAAUAGUGCUGAAGUCACCCCACCUGUCCUUUCUGUGAUGGGGGAGGCCACCCCAGUGAGCAUCGAGCCACGGAUCAACGUGGGCUCCCGGUUCCAGGCGGAAAUCCCCUCGAUGAGGGACCGCGCUCUGGCAGCUGCGGACCCCCACAAGGCCGACUUGGUGUGGCAGCCGUGGGAGGACCUUGAGAGCAGCCGGGAGAAGCAGAGGCAAGUGGAAGACCUGUUGACAGCUGCCUGCUCCAGUAUCUUCCCUGGAGCUGGUACCAACCAGGAGCUGGCCCUGCACUGUCUGCAUGAGUCCAGGGGAGACAUCCUGGAAACGCUGAAUAAGCUGCUACUGAAGAAGCCCCUGCGGCCCCAUAACCACCCACUGGCAACGUAUCACUACACAGGCUCUGACCAGUGGAGGAUGGCGGAGAGGAAGCUCUUCAACAAGGGCAUUGCCAUCUACAAGAAGGAUUUCUUCCUGGUGCAGAAGCUGAUCCAGACCAAGACCGUGGCCCAGUGCGUGGAGUUCUACUACACCUACAAGAAGCAGGUGAAAAUUGGCCGCAAUGGGACGCUAACCUUCGGGGAUGUGGAUACAAGCGACGAGAAGUCGGCCCAGGAAGAGGUUGAAGUGGAUAUUAAGGCCAAUGACAUCCUCAUCCUCCGAAGCCAUGAAUCAAAUGCCCCUGGGCCUGCUGGUGGCCAUGCCUCAGAGAAGCCAAGGGAGGGGGCAGGGAAGUCACGGAGGGCACUACCUUUUUCGGAGAAGAAGAAAAAACCAGAGACAUUUAACAAGACCCAAAAUCAGGAGAACACUUUCCCUUGUAAAAAAUGUGGCAGGGUGUUUUACAAGGUGAAGAGCCGCAGCGCCCACAUGAAGAGCCACGCGGAGCAGGAGAAGAAGGCAGCCGCUCUGAGGCAGAAGGAGAAGGAGGCGGCGGCCGCCGCGGCCACCGCAGCCGCCGCCUCUCCGCACCAGCCGGCCCUGCGCGAGGAGAGCGGCGCGGGGGAGAGGGGCUGACGGCCCGGGGUGGGGGGAGCUCGGCCGCGGGGCCCCGGGGCCGCCCCUCUCCCCGGACCCCCGGCCCUCCCCGCACCAGCCUGCCCGAGCUCCGGCAAGCACCCCGGGACCUCCGGAGGGAGAGAGGAGAGAUCACGUGGACUUUUCUCUGCAAAACGAGACAAUAAAAUAAACGGCUCUUUUAUUCAUCAAAGGCCCGGCAGCAGCCUUCAGGGCUGCAGGAUCCAGUUCUCUUGCAUUCGGUGUCGGAAGUCGCCCUUACGCUUUCCUGGAACCGCCGAGGUCCCUGCCGGCUAGGGCUGCCCCCUCGGGAGGGCCUCCAGCGCCACCGCCGCCGCCCACGCCGGGACCUCGGCCGCCGCGCAGCUU